AUGCUAGAAGAUGAAAAGAGAAGAAAAACGGCAACGGUUGUUAUGGCUGAACAACUUACAAGUUCGUGUUGUAGCUGUUGGUCGUAUAUUUUUGAUCGCAGCAGAAAAGUGUAACUAGGUGUAGCUCUACGAAAUCUUGUACUGAGGCACUACCAGUUUGUGCUGUAGGUACCAGCCGAUGGUAACUACAACAGACCCCCCCUACAAUCUUCAGCAUGCUUCUUUCUAAUACCUUUCGAACACAGAUGCUUACGAGCACGUGCCGGAUACAGUAUAACCUCGCCGCCUUCCCUUUCGACCACCAAGAACUGCGCGUCGUUUUGUUCAUACUACCACAGGUAUUAUUCUUCAGUGUUGUACAUUGGAAGUUGUUGAUGUUGCUCGAAAAUAGCAGAAGGAGCUUGACGCACGAUCACAGAUUGUCGGGCCACUACGACAUGAUAUGAAACUGGAAGCAUGCUGCACUAUGUAUAAUUGUAGUCAUAUUGAAAUCAUGCACUAUGCAUUGUAGUCUUGUCUAUCAAUCUCUCACAAGAACAAAAGCAAAACAGGCCGGCCUCCAGUGGGAGAUAAAGCUAGGAGAAUUAAUGCCAGCUGCUGUGGCAGCCCUCGAAACAAGUUGGAAGGAUCCUGAUUGGGCGCUUAUUCCCGGUUCUUUUUAUUAAGGCAGGAGCUUAACGAAGAGCUGCACUUCUCUCCUUCUAGUUUCCUCCUCGACUUUUACGUCUUGAUUGAGCUUAACGAAGAGCUGCACUUCUCUCGACUUGAGACUCUAAUUCCUUCUGGAAAGAGAAAGGCACAGUAUCUACGGCGACCGCAUUUUAGUGAACAUCAAAGUGCGCCGGCUUUAUGCCUGGUACUAUUUUUUUAUGUUUUCAUCUCGUUAUAAAAUAUUAUAUUAUGUCAUCAGUUUUUACCAUUCAACAUCUUCAUCUCAAAUGAAUCUCAAGGUAUCUGUGGAAUUUCUUUUUGAUCAUUUUUCUGGUGACGACAUUGGCAUUUUCCGGUUUUGUGUGGAACGAAGAAGAAGAGCGAGAGGAGAACUACGAUAAAAUGAACGUUGUGUUAUGAUGAUAAGAUGAACGUUCACGUUGUGUUAUGACGAUAAGAUAGAUGAAUGUUUGCUGUGUUAUGUAUGACGAUAAGAUAGAUGAAUGUUUGUUGUGUUAUGAUGAUAGGAUGAACGUUGUGUUACGAAAUACAACAGGUUUGUUCCACACAAUCAUACAACUACAAGAACAAGACCGCGCAGUGAGGAGCAGCUUCCUUCUUCUUCCCGAUUCAUAAUGGAAAAAUUGUGCGAGCCAUCUAAUCCCCGUUAGUAGUCGUAACCCCUACGAUUCGAUUUCGAUCUCUCUCCUCGCUUUGCUGACGAUCGUCAGUUUCAAGUCCUACAUGGGUGGCCAUUUUCUUCCGCGAGUGGCCUACAUGACGUUAAGACUAGUACCACUGUAAUCCAUCUCUUCUAGUUGUUCUAAUAUGUAUGUGGAUUGAUGGUUUCUAAAGUGCAAGUGGUAUGAUAUUCACAGGGACGAAAACUAUAACUAAGAGAAUGUUGAUCAGAAAAAUACUUCUUCACAGGAGUGUUAGAUAGAAGAUGGUAGCACAUACUGAUAGAUACUUCACAGGAGUGUUAGUUUUUAGAUCUUAGCGCCACUCCAGGUCCACGUCUACAGCUCUAACUACGAUGUUGGACAUCUAUACCAUGAGUUAGAUGAUAGUACUAGUACUCUACAGCUCUAACUACGAUGUUGGACAUCUACACUAUGGUGAGCUUAACGACGUGCAUGGCCACCAUCCUCCUCCAUUGUCUCCGCAUCUAUUUCCGCUUCACGCAUCGUACUUAAGGCCCAUAUUUCCCAAAGCUGUUGAUGUUGUUCCGUAAGGAGUAGGAGAGAAAAAAAACCCGAGAUGAUGAAUCCCAAGUUUUUUGGCGUUGAUAAAACUUUGGAAAAACAAGGCGCACCUGGUCGUGGAGUCUACACAGAUCUUUUGUGAGAACGAAUGAAUGAGUAGGCUUUAACGUACUGAAAUCAGCCUAGCGUCGGGUCUGUAUUUCGCUUACCUGUGCGGCUUUCACGGCAUGUUCGCGCACAAAGCUCUAGUGUAUAUUCGGGAGGCGAGGUCGCAGAAGCAUCCACGAUUAACGUUAGGGGCACUUCGAGAGCAGUUGACGUUUAUGGUAAUCAAUGUAGCAAAGAUACAACAGAACAGUUAUUUAUACUGCUGAAAAAAAAGAUGCCAUCUUCACAAAAAUUCCAUCAUAGAAGAGCCCUUUUAAUCAACUACAAUUUGCUCCAGUUCAGUCUAAAUCGUCUUCUUCUAAAUUGAUAGACGGUCUGCGAACGGGAGUGAACUCUUUACUGCGGAAAACAUGGACUUCGUGCAGUAUUUGCAACAUACCUGGGACCUCUGGGAGCAGGUUGACGGAGGAGGACAUUGUAGGGGAUAGACGUAUCGUAGGGAAGGAUAGACGUGAACAGAGCGGAGACAGCAUUCUCGUCGAGACCGAUAUUCAGGGUGGAUCCAAUGUUAAGACUCUGCUUCGUGGAAGGUAGUCAUGAGUCCUCGUCUUCGCUUUAAGAUACAACUCAAGGAGGACAAUAUUUUUUUCGAAUUUUUCGAAAUCUAAGGAUCCGUGUACUUCACCACCUGUAGGAGGUCGGAAAAAAAGACGUUCGAUGCCUUGGGGCACACAUGCCAGCUGGGUGUCUGCUCACGACCGCCCCUCAGCCUCUUUCCGAAAUGGCGUUCUUCCUGUGCUGAUUGAUGGUGUUGAACAGGACGCCAGAAACGGAAUGUUGACAGGAGAAGAGGGGGGAGCUAACUGCAAAGAUCAAUUAUGGAACGAGUUUUCGAGACUAUAAAAUACUACUUAGAUGUUGAACAAGCGAUUGUAACAAUAUGAUUAAAUCUACUUUAGUAGUAUCCAACUACAUCAGGUUUUUUUUUUUUAGUAUCAACCACCUUCUUCUGAUUUCACUAAAGCGUCUUCUUAAUACCUUAAAUAAACUUGAACUUGUUCCUUUUAACAAUUUCAAUGAAUUGGAGUCAAUUCUUGCUUUCCUACUUAGCUUCUAUCGCUAAUAUGAGUGAAGCGUCUUCGUAGCAAUUGCUUUCGCAGUGGCCAUCACAAGCACAAAGAGGACAAAUUACUAAGGAACCACGCAGGACACGAGCACGACGACAACGGCGCUCUUACCAGUGGGAAGAUGAACAAGCAGGCAGAUAAAAAGAAAUUUAUGGUCUCAAAUAAAGUAUCUAUGGAAAAGUGUUAAUACCUGCUUCAAAGCAUAGUUCUCAAAUAAAGUGUUAAUGCCUGCUUCUGAGCAUAUUAGUCGUGACAAUAGAGAUUGAAGACACAGAACCUGGUUUCAGAUUCCUCUACCUACCUCUUCCUUACCCCCGCAUCUUUCAUGACUCCCAAGAAGUGCUGGGGCUACCAUGGCAGUUCGCGGGAUAAAUCUACGGCUUUCUGCGAAGUCGACGCUCGUGGUCUCAGCACGUAGGCGUUGGAGGGUUUUUUAAGGCUUGAUAUCGAUUUAGAUUCUCAGUGAUUUACGAUGUUAUACUUAUUGUUCUACCACUACCUAGAUGAAGUAUCGUUCAGAUGAAAACGACUAGCUGCAGAGUUGUGAUUAUAUAUAUGAGUGUGCAACAAAAAUGUACUUCAUCUUCAACGAUCAUCGGAUGUCAUGCCAUUGUAUGGCACCAGGUUAAAAUUUACAUCUGCGUCGUGUGCCUUGCUCGUCCACACUAUGCUACCUAGUCCAGCAAAAAUCAAAAAAAUCAGUACUCAAAUAGUCUUGAGACAGUGCCUCGUGCGAGGUAAAUGCAUGAAUGUAUAUUUAAUAGGUUACCUUUUAUUUUACGUAGUAACUUAAUCAAAAUCACUAGAAGAGAGUAGCAUCAGACAGUUGUAAAGUACUUAAGAUUUUUGAGUUUGAGUAACAUCGACUCGAACUACUUACUAGAAGUUAACGGCAGCGCCCUCUCCGGAGCAGACUGCGUCUUGUGUUUUCUCUCUCUGGUGGAUACAGGGGCAGGACUCUCGUCAAAGGUUGUUGGUCGAGGUGCGGCGCUUUACCUCUGGGAGAACGAUUCGGGUGGUCGUCCCCGUUUUUCCCUACCGCGAGGCAUGGUGGGCGCCUCCGCAGGUUCUCCUCAGGUUUGUUGCCUCCGUCGGAGGUUGUUGCUGACUUCUAGUAAGCAGCUCGAGUGGAUGUUACUACUGAAAAUCUAUCUUAGUUUACUGUCUGAGGCAAUCGCAGCAUAGAAAGCUGGUGAUUAGAAAUCAAAACCAACAGGCGUUGACGUUGUGAUAUAAUCCUAUGAUAGAAUUUAUUUGAGUUUGAGUACUUACUUAGUUUAUUUAGCUCGCGAUUACAUUGACCACCACGACACCGACACGAAACCAAAAUCAUGGCAUAUUCGAAAGAUUUUGCGACCAUAAUAUUCUUGAGGAGUUCAGCCCUCGGAGUUGAGCAAUGUCGAUGUCGAUCUAAGUAAGUAUAUCUUUCCAUAAGCUUGAGGCUGAGAUUGUAAUUAGAAGUGUUUUUUUCCUAUGAAGAGAUCGAACGCUGCACAGCUGUACUUUCAGAGAAAAUAAUACCUUUUUCACCACAUCAUAAAACGUACCAGAACAAAGUCGUACCAACGUAGUAGAGAAGUUGGACGCUCUUCAUAUACAAGAACCUUUCUUAUAGGAUACAACUUUUUAUUCUCAUGAUUUCUUUGUUUCCUAGAAAUUCACGAAGGCAAAGUUGUAUGAGAAAUCAUAAUAUGGUGCUGGUGUCGUACUUCUAGUUGAAAUCUCGUGCAUGAUUGGUGAGAAGAAACUAGUGUUAAAGAUGUAGUAAAGACAGAGCCCUAUAAUUGACAAUGUAGUAAAGAAAGAGCCCCUUGCACUUCAAAGAUGAGUUGUAUCAAUCUGCUCACAUCAUCGACCAAACACGAGCAAUAUGCUGAGGAACAAGCAUGUCGAACAACAUUCGUUUUUUGAUUUUUUUUGGCGUGACAUCGACAGCUGCAAGGCAGCGUCUUUUCAGCAGUGAUGUCCUUAUUUCCUUCCUCCGAACACACUCUUGUUGAUGAACACAAAGUUUCACACACUCCUGUUGAUGAACAUGAGCAAGUCAUCAUGGUGCUUUCACGUCAUU